GUACUCCUUCCAGGACGAAGAAGAUAUGUUUAUGGUUGUCGACCUCCUGCUUGGCGGGGACCUGCGUUACCAUCUCCAACAGAACGUGCGGUUCCAAGAAGGCACCGUGAAACUCUUCAUCUGUGAGCUGGUGCUGGCCCUCGACUACCUCCAGAGCAGGCACAUCAUCCACAGGGAUAUCAAGCCUGACAACAUUUUACUGGAUGAGCACGGACACGUGCACAUCACGGAUUUCAACAUUGCCACGAUGCUGACCAAGGAGCUCCAGGUCACCACCAUCGCUGGCACAAAGCCGUACAUGGCACCUGAAAUGUUUGACCCCACCAAACCCACUGGAUAUUCCUUCGCCGUGGACUGGUGGUCAUUGGGAAUCACUGCCUACGAGCUGCUCCGGACCCGGAGGCCGUAUCACAUCCGCUCCAACACCUCCCCGAACGAAAUGGCUCGCGUGUUCAGGACGGCGAUGGUGAUGUACCCUGCGGCUUGGUCCGCGGGCAUGGUGUCGCUCAUCAAAAAGUUGCUUGAGCUGAACCCCGAGAAGCGUUUUUCACAGCUGAAGGACAUCCAGGACUUCCCGUUCCUGUCAGACGUGAACUGGGAUGCUGUUCUCCAGAAGAGGAUAAUGCCAGAAUUCAUUCCCUCGAAAGGCAGACUGAACUGUGACCCGACCUUUGAACUGGAGGAAAUGAUCCUGGAAUCCAAACCUCUUCACAAGAAAAAGAAGCGCUUGGCUAAGAGGGAGAAGGACAGCAGCAAGAGCAACUCCCCCCAG